UUCGAUUGUGCUGUUGUCGUUUUGCAAUAUAAAGGGCGUGUGGAUAUAUCAGCAGAUAGAGGAAGGCGAUAUUGAUAAAUAUCGCGGGGUUCUGUUCGAUUUUGAUAAAUAGUCGGUUGUUCUUUCUGUGGAUUGUGAAAGCUUUGACAUCGAAGGUUCUUUGCAAAAGGAGUAUUUCGAUUGUUCUUCUGCCAUUGGUCCUGUAUCUGUUAUUUGGUAUCGGUUUGGUGUUCUAUUCUUAUACAGAUAUCAGGAACCGUGAGCUGUUAAAUUUUCCAAGUCUUUUGAGUUCAGGGCAAUUUCAACAAAUUUGCAGAGCCCUCCUCCCAAUCACAAUGGCUCGUAAUGAAGAGAAAGCGCAGUCCAUGCUCAAUCGCUACAUCACUCUCAAAAACGAAGAGAAGAAGAAGCCCCGAGAGCGCCGCCCUUUCCUCGCCUCCGAAUGCCGCGACCUCGCCGAGGCCUCCAAGUGGCGCCAGCAGAUCAUGGGAGAGAUCGGCCGCAAAGUCGCCGAGAUCCAAAAUGAAGGCCUCGGCGAGCACCGCCUCCGCGACCUCAACGACGAGAUCAACAAGCUCAUCCGCGAGAAGACUCACUGGGAGCGCCGCAUCGUUGAGCUCGGCGGCCCCAAUUAUGCCAAGCACGCCCCUAAGAUGACCGAUCUCGACGGCAACAUCGUUGACGUUCCGAACCCUAGCGGCCGCGGCGCCGGUUACCGGUACUUUGGCGCGGCGAAGAAGCUGCCAGGUGUCAGGGAGCUUUUCGAGAAGCCGCCGGAGCUGAGGAAGCGGCGGACGAGGUAUGACAUUUACAAGAGGAUUGAUGCCAGCUAUUAUGGGUACAGGGACGACGAGGAUGGGGUUUUGGAGAAGCUAGAGGUUGUGGCGGAGGAGAAGAUGAGGGCGGAGGCGGUGGCAGAGUGGUGGAGGUUGGAGGAGAUAAGGAGAGAGGCCAAGAGGGCCGUGAAGAGUGGUGAAGUGGUGACGGUGGCGAAGGCGAAGGAGAUUCUGGUGGAGGAGGAGGAGGAGGUGGUGGAAGAAGAGAGGCAGAGAGAGAGGGAGUUAUUGAAAGAGAAGAGUGAAAAAGAGAUGGAGUUUGUGGCUCAUGUGCCGCUGCCGGAUGACAAGGAGAUUGAGAAGAUGGUGCUUGAGAAGAAGAAGAAGGACUUGCUGAAUAGGUAUGUCAGUGAGGAAUUGAUGCAGGACCAGACUGAGGCUAAGCAGAUGCUUAACAUUAAGCGGUAGCUCGAUGAAAGACACGGAUUCAUCUGUUGGUGUUGUCUUUGUUAGCAAUGGAUAAAGAUGGUCAGCAUUUCCCUGCACAUAUUGUCUUUUUGCUGUGGCAUCAUUGGAGCAUAGUGCUUGUGUCUUUGAUCAUAUUUACCCCAACCCAGGUCUUCAAAAGUCUUUGCAGCAGCUCAGGAGUUUCUUCUACUUAAUACCUCAUCUAAACCACAUGGCAAUUUUUGUGUCGGGUGUCUCCUUUUCAUUUGAUGGGCCCCUUCUCUUCUGUGUUGCACACAUUGGUUCGUAUGAUCCUAUGUGUUGUAGGAUAGCAAUUUGACUAUGAAAUGGACAUGGAAAUCAACUGCUUUAAGUAGUUUGCAGUUCACAAUGUGUUGCCUCUUUUUGAAGCGAGCAAUAGAUUUUAAGAGGUUGGAAACAUGCUGAUUUUGAGUUUGUUGAAGGCUAUGCUUAUUGUUUACAUGUUACUGAAGACUACCAUAAUGAUCUUUCAUAUUACAGUGUUA